GCCUACUGGCAAAAGUCUGAAAAUCUGAAACAGGAGUUGAUGGAUUUUUGGAUCGUGCCGCUCGGCCUACUGGCAAAAGUCUGAAAAUCUGAAAGAGGAGUUGAUGGAUUUUUGGACUUAUAAGUUCUAACUCACCUUAUCUCGUACCCCUAAAAGAAAAACUUAUCUUUGUAGUCUUCUCUGCAAGACCAUGGGCUAGGGUAGCCCCUGCUUGUGCCAGCCAGAGACGCAUGGACCGAGUCCAUGUGCACCAAACCCCUCUUUCCCUUCCGCGAACCACAGAUCGCUCACGUCACGGCCACAAGGACAAAUCUGCGCAAAACCGUACCCCUCUUCGCCUCCGGAAGCAAGCAAGAUGCUCCGACGCCUCGCCGGCGCCGCCGCGGCGCCCCUCCGACGCUGCCUUUGCACGGCGUCCUCGCGCCCUCCCUGGGCCCUCACCUACAGGAUGGCGGCGCUGGGCGCGUCGGGGGCGCCGUCGCCGGCCGCGCGCGCGUCCUUGGACCUCCACGAGCCCCCCUGCGUCACCCAGCUCUCCGUCCCCGCCCACCUGGCCGACGGCAUGGACCUGGCCGCCGCGAGCAUCCAGGCCGCGAGCAGCGACGGGCUCCUCCUCCUCGACUUCGCCGAAACCGGCGACUGGCCCGAGGCCAUCCGCGACUGCGGUGGCAGCAGCAAAGCGAUACCCGGAUUGGCCGCGUGCGCCGCCGCCGUCGACCCGGGCGUCAGGCGCUUCGUCUGCAACCCUCUCAGCGGCCAGCUGUUCCGCCUCCCCGUCCCCAGCAUGGAUGCCGCGCUGACGACCACGCCCUUCGGCCUGCUCACCCAAUCCCACGGCCCCCACGGCCCGCCUGACAGGUUCGUGGUCGCCCAGCUCUGCCUCCGGGAGAGGGACGGCCAAAGGGUCGUGCGCCGCUUUCGGUCCGAAACAGGGGAGUGGGACGAGCCGCCGCUGUUCGUCCCGUCCGCGGCUCCGGCUUGGCGCCCAAUGCCGAACCACGAGGUGGUGGCGUUCGGCGACCGGCUGUGGUGGGUCGACCCUUUCUUUGGUGUCUUCUCCGUCGACCCAUUCAGCGACCGGCCGGAGCAUGGCUUCGUCGCGCUGCCGCGCCCGCUGCCCAACUUCGACAUUGACGCGCCGCUGAUGCUGUUCCGGCUCUUGGGUGUCAGCGAGGGGAAGCUGCGCUAUGUCGAAAUGACCACUAAGGAGCCGUUUAUGCUCUACUCGUUCUCGCUCGACGACGAGGGGUCGUCCUGGAAGCUAACACAUGAGAAAAGAUUGAACCUGGUCUUCCCUGACAAAUCCAUACCAAGAGAAUGUGAAAUGCCGUGGAUUUCUGCAAUUGAUCCAUUCAAUGCCAACAUUUUCUAUUUCACACAUGGCGACCUUGUUUGCGAAAUCGACAUUGACAAGGGGGAGACUGGGAGGAGUUCUUUUCCAGACAGCAUCACAUCUCGGAGCUACAGCUCUGCUUUCUUUGUGCCUGUAAUGCUCCCAGCAUGGAUUGAAUCCUACAACCUCCCGUGUACAGGAACACUUUCGAGCAAGGCGACCAAUGCAACAAGGAAGACUUUGGCAGACAUACUGGUUCGUGUUGACUCUUGACAAAGACCAGAAAAAAAAUCGAAGCAUGCCAGAAUAUCUUUGAUUCCUUACAAUGGACCGACAACUGAGCUGAUGGUGGCACUGGAAGACAUGGACUCUCAUUUUGGGGAAAUGCCGGGACAAUCUUGGCGUGUUCCGCUUGUUGAUGCGCUCGGCAAUUUAGAUUGGAGCAGUCUAACAAAUGCACUGUUACUUGCAAGACACGAUGCUUAUCUUCUCCGCAGCAUGCUAUUGCACCUAUCAAAGGAUAUGUUUGAUCGGAUUGUUUUAGUGCAUAGGUCAUUUACGUGGCAAUGAUGAUAAGAAAUGCAUGCGCUCUCUUUAAUCUGGAAUACAAUGACCUUAAAAUACUCUUUCCAGUGGAAAACGAUAUGUUCCCUGUUCUAAAUGUUAUUUUGGUCUUAUUGACCGGAGUUUAGACCA